UUAAGCACUCUUUUAAAACAAUUAGCAGCAUAAAUAAUCUACGUGUGAAUUUUGUGGGUUGUAAAAGAACAAAGAUCAUUAAUGGAUAGAGAUGAAGCCGAAGUUAAACUAAUUCCAAGCGAGAACGAAGACAAGUGUCAUCAAAAAUCAUCUUUUCAAUGGAGAGUUUGGAGACUAUUAACAGUGUUUAUAAUCUUUGGAGUUAUAACCGUGUGGAUCGUUUUUACUAUUUAUCCAUCUCUCGAGGCUCGAACGAAGGAAUUACUCAACGAAAGGCUCGAGGUUAAAGACACUUGGACUAAUGCUAAAGGAAACUGCUCAAYGCUUCCAAACGCGACACGCGAGUGGAAAUUACACAUAGGCUUCAAAGAAAUUGUCCCAGGAACACUCAUAUAUUCUGCGUACUUUGACAACACACGACAAACUCCUUAUAUUCGCAUCAUUGCGAUUUCAGAGACUUUCAGACCUCCUAAAAUCUUCUGCCAUUCAAUAUGCGAAAGUAAUAAAAUUCAAGAAGCAAAGUUUCAAUUGGUCUCAGGGCAUAAAAAUAGAAGACAUGCAGCCUUUAUUAUUUCAUGUGAGCUCCCCAGUGGGGUGGGGAGAGUACCAAACUUUGUUUCUCUCUCUGCGUACUAUGAUAAGAAAAGAAGUCAAAUAUUUUCAUUUCCAGUUAUUUCUACUGCAAAGAAACGACACCUUAGUGAAUACACAGUUUGUGUCCCACCGUUGUAUGGAAAUGUCAUAUCUCCAGUCAAUUUUAUAGAAUUCAUUGAAAUGAGCCGCAUUUUAGGAGCAACAAAGUUUGUUUUUUACAAUCAAAACAUUCCCAAAGAACUUGCCAAGAUUGUAAAUAUUUACCAGAGGAAAGGAGUUGUCAUGGUAAUGCCAUGGAAACUUCCACACUACCUUGAUGAUUUUUAUGCCAUACAUUACCAUGGACAGUUGGCAUCUAUACAAGACUGCCUUUAUAGGAACAGGGGAAAAUCAAAGUGGGUCGCAUUUAAUGAUUUAGAUGAAUUCUUAGUGCCCUUAAAACAACCAACAAUAACGUCUUUGUUGAAUACAAUAUCUCGACAUGAUGCAAGUGGAUACUGCAUACGAAUGGUUUUACUGCCUAAAAAUAAUGUAUUCACAGCAGAGGACCAAACAAACAAAACUCUAAUCACACAACAGUACGUUUUUMGGACAACAACUGUCUUUCGGAGAARAAAACGUUCAAAAUGCAUUGUGGAUCCUGAAAAAGUUUUGGAAAUGGGAAUYCAUUACAUCAAUGAACCAGUAUAUGGUAAUUACAUGAAAACAUGGGUUCGUCCUGAGGAAGCCUUAGUUUUUCAYUAUCGRAAUUGUAUCAAGUUUGAUGACCUAAAAGAAGCCUGCCACAGUCUCAAACCAGAAGGCUUCAUGUUAAAAUAUAAGAAGAGACUCACGGCAAGGGUUAAUAGUGUAUUGCACAUGGGCACUAACUUGACAAGUACAUCGUGAACAGUGUCUAGUGGCAGCAGGUUUAUCUAUAUUUUAUUUUUUUAAAUAAUAAUAAACUAUUUAUGAAGAAAAAGCUGUGCAAAAAGAUAAAUUUAACAAUGUAAAAAAAUAGGUGAAACAACUUACUGACAUUUUGUUAAUCAGUAAGUUUUUUCACCUAUUAUUUUACAGUGUUAAAUUUAUCUUUUAACACAACUUUUUUUAGAAACACUGACACAGCUCACAUUAGUUUACUACUAGUUUCCACAAUUUAUGAAGAAAAACUUGCUGAAGCUCAAUAAUCAAAUUGAUAAUGGAAAAAGCUCUAUGGUUUUGCAACUGAAUGGAAUGACUGCAGCAAAAAUUUUCUAAAAAAAGUUAUUCAUAAUAAUAAUUUGGAUAUAAUACAUUUUGUAGUCUCUUUUGAUGAUGUUAUUAGCAAAGGAGACUUUUAAGUCUCUUUUAAGUUUAUUAAAAUAAACUCAUACACUAAAUAUGUAGUCCAAUAAGUAAAAUUCAUGCCAAUUAAU